AUGAGGGACAUUCAGCACCAUAUAGACUUGAUACCUGGGGCAAGCUUACCGAACCUUCCUCACUACCGCAUGAGUCCAAAAGAGGAUGAAAUUUUGAGGCAAAAGAAGUUCCCAUUUGUUAUUUGGCAUAAAUCAGGAACUUCAAACCUUGUAGCUGAUGCAUUGAGUCAUAUGGUUGCAUUGCUUGUGACCGUGAGCCAAGCAGUAGUUGGGUUUGAGUGUCUGAAAGAAUUGUAUGCUGAAGAUGACGAUUUUAAGCAAGUAUGGGCGGCAUAUUCAGCAAGACAACCAGCGGGUGAUUAUCAUAUUUUUGAUGAGUAUUUAUUUAAGGGGAAUCACCUAUGUAUUCCUAGAGUCUCUUUGAGGGAGAAACUCAUUAGGGAUCUGCAUGGAGGUGGUCUCAGCGGCUAUUUGGGAAGAGAUAAGACCAUGGCACUUCUUGAAGAGAGGUAA